UGAUCUCUUUACUAACCAGCUGUUUCUCCCGCACCUCUCUGCAGGUCCCCUCCUCCUUCCCUCCCUCCCCCGCUGGCGGGCAGGCAGCAGGUCGCCAUGGAAAACUCGUCGGUGGCGUCCGCGUCCUCGGAGGCUGGCAGCACGCGCUCGCAGGAGAUUGAGGAGCUGGAGCGCUUCAUCGACAGCUAUGUGCUGGAGUACCAAGUGCAAGGCCUACUGGGAGACAAGAGCGAGACAGACCUAGACGGAGACAACAAGCCCCAGUCCCACAUUUCACAGGUUAGCUAAGGCUAAUGCUAAACGGGACCAGAGUGGCUACAAUGAUGCUGAUGCUAAUAGACUAGGCUUGUCACGAUACCAACAUUUUACAAACAAUACGAUACCAGGCCAAGUAUCACGAUACCAAAUAGUAUCGCGAUACCAUGGUGGAAAACAAUCAGUGGCCUAGCAUCCUGUUCACCCCAUCCCCCAUCCCCCGUUCUCCAAAAACCUGUCACUGAAAUUCACACUUCUACUCAAUACAACACAUUACAUAUAACUUCACACUGUUCAGUGUAUAAUAGAAUACAGCAUAGAACAGCUGAUUUGCGCAUAUUUGAAAAGGCCUACCUGUGAUUUGGCUGGAGGAAUGGGAGGAAGGAAUAUACAUCAGUGGAGGCUGCUGAAGGGAGAACGGCUCAGAAUAAUGGCUGGAACGGCGCAAAUGGAAUGGCAUCAAACACAUAGAAAUCGUGUGUUUGAUACCAUUUCACUCAUUCCGCUACAGCCAUUACCACAAGCCCGUCCUCCCCAAUUAAGUUGCCACCAACUUCCUGUGAUGUACGUGCAUAAUGAUCUGCAUGUCAUUGUGUCAGUAAGGGGAAAACACUGCAUGAAACCUUCUUUACUCUUCAGUUAACACACACACACACUCUCCCUCCCUCACACGCUCUCUGUCUCCCUCACACUCAUAAACACACACCACUCUCUCUCCCACAAACACACAUACACCCACUGCUCCCAACAUUUAAAACGUUAGGCACCAAACAGAAUAAAUAGAUUUUUGAUAUAGUUUAGGCUUAAAAUAGGCCUAUAUGAAUCUUACCAUUUUGUAGAAGAUUAUUAUUAUUAUUUUUUGUUAUUUAGCAGACGCUCUUAUCCAGAGUGACUUACAGGAGCAAUUAGGGUUAAGUGCCUUGCUCAAGGGCACAUCGACAGAUUUUUCACCUAGUCGGCUUGGGGAUUAGAACCAGCGACCUUUCGGUUACUGGCACAACGCUCUUAACCACUAAGCUACCUGCCGCCCCCAUCUCAUGAAUAGCCUUUUCCUUUCUUCCUGUGCCAAUCAAAUGUACCUAAACCUACUGUCAAGUUACCAGGUUGUUAGCUAGCUAGGUAACAUGACUGAACAACGUUGUUUGUUAUCAAACCAAUAAUUAGCGACCCAGGAUUAGUUUAAAAUCAUUGAUUUAAAUAGUUUUUUUCCCCUCAUCAAUCUACACACAUUACCCCAUAAUGACAAAGCAAAUACGUUCAAUCAAGUUGUAGAAACAUCUCAAGGAUGAUCAAUGGAAACAGGAUGCACCUGAGCUCAAUUUCGAGUCUCAUAGCAAAGAGUCUGAAUACUUAUGUAAAUAAGGUGUGUAUAUACAGUGGGGGAAAAAAGUAUUUAGUCAGCCACCAAUUGUGCAAGUUCUCCCACUUAAAAAGAUGAGAGGCCUGUAAUUUUCAUCAUAGGUACACGUCAACUAUGACAGACAAAAUUAGAUUUUUUUUCUCCAGAACAUCACAUUGUAGGAUUUUUAAUGAAUUUAUUUGCAAAUUAUGGUGGAAAAUAAGUAUUUGGUCAAUAACAAAAGUUUCUCAAUACUUUGUUAUAUACCCUUUGUUGGCAAUGACACAGGUCAAACGUUUUCUGUAAGUCUUCACAAGGUUUUCACACACUGUUGCUGGUAUUUUGGCCCAUUCCUCCAUGCAGAUCUCCUCUAGAGCAGUGAUGUUUUGGGGCUGUCGCUGGGCAACACUGAUUUUCAACUCCCUCCAAAGAUGUGCUAUGGGGUUGAGAUCUGGAGACUGGCUUGGCCACUCCAGGACCUUGAAAUGCUUCUUACGAAGCCACUCCUUCGUUGCCCGGGCGGUGUGUUUGGGAUCAUUGUCAUGCUGAAAGACCCAGCCACGUUUCAUCUUCAAUGCCCUUGCUGAUGGAAGGAGGUUUUCACUCAAAAUCUCACGAUACAUGGCCCCAUUCAUUCUUUCCUUUACACGGAUCAGUCGUACUGGUCCCUUUGCAGAAAAACAGCCCCAAAGCAUGAUGUUUCCAUUCUAUUUUGGUUUCAUCUGACCAUAUGACAUUCUCCCAAUCCUCUUCUGGAUCAUCCAAAUGCACUCUAGCAAACUUCAGACGGGCCUGGACAUGUACUGGCUUAAGCAGGGGGACACGUCUGACACUGCAGGAUUUGAGUCCCUGGCGGCGUAGUGUGUUACUGAUGGUAGGCUUUGUUACUUUGGUCCCAGCUCUCUGCAGGUCAUUCACUAGGUCCCCCCAUGUGGUUCUGGGAUUUUUGCUCACCGUUCUUGUGAUCAUUUUGACCCCACGGGGUGAGAUCUUGCGUGGAGCCCCAGAUCGAGGGAGAUUAUCAGUGGUCUUGUAUGUCUUCCAUUUCCUAAUAAUUGCUCCCACAGUUGAUUUCUUCAAACCAAGCUGCUUACCUAUUGCAGAUUCAGUCUUCCCAGCCUGGUGCAGGUCUACAAUUUUGUUUCUGGUGUCCUUUGACAGCUCUUUGGUCUUGGCCAUAGUGGAGUUUGGAGUGUGACUGUUUGAGGUUGUGGACAGGUGUCUUUUAUACUGAUAACGAGUUCAAAUAGGUGCCAUUAAUACAGGUAACGAGUGGAGGACAGAGGAGCCUCUUAAAGAAGAAGUUACAGGUCUGUGAGAGCCAGAAAUCUUGCUUGUUUGUAGGUGACCAAAUACUUAUUUUCCACCAUAAUUUGCAAAUAAAUUCAUUAAAAAUCCUACAAUGUGAUUUUCUGGAUUAUUUUUUCUCAAUUUGUCUGUCAUAGUUGACGUGUACUUUCGCUUUGGUCAUUAUGGGGUAUUGUGUAUAGAUUGCUGAUGAAAAAAAAUAUGUUAUAUAUUUUAGAAUAAGGCUGUAACGUAACAAAAUGUGGAAAAAGUAAAAGGGUCUGAAUACUUUCCGAAUGCACUGUAACUCCAGAACUUCCCAUUGCACUAAACCUGGUGGCUCUCGUACGUGCACAGAAAACUGGGGUAGUUUACCUCAUGGGAUGCAUUGCCAGCUGAGCGGCAUUCACAAAAUAGCCAAGCAAAAAUUAGGGGACAACAUUGACCAGCUGGCAGAGGGAGGAGAAGGAGAAAUGUGUAAAUGUCUUUCUUUUCACCAUCGUCACAAAAUAGUGAGUAAUUGCCAUUCAAAUGUUCCCCCUCUCUCUCCCUCUCUCACAAAAUAGUGAGUAAUUGCCAUUCAAAUGUUCCCCCUCUCUCUCCCUCUCUCUGACCUAGUGGACAGAGGACUGCAAUGACAAGAAGGACGGGAGUUGGUCACCCUCGUGGGGGAGGGGCUCCACCAAACCAGUGAGUUUGUGGACUGUGUAUGUGUCUGGACUCUGGAGGAAAUGCUGGCUGGCUGAAGGUCUACACUUAACACACAGCUGUGCUGAACCUCCAUGUACGAUCAUUUCAUUAGAGGGAAAUGAGCUCUCAAUGUCAGCCGAGGUUACUAACAGUCAUACAUACAUACAGCACAUUACUGCUGUUUCAUUGGGUGUCCACUUCUUUGGUCAUAUAGCAAAUGCCCUUAGGACACAACCGUCAUAAGCAAGCUCCAUGCUAAAAGAGACCAGAUGCAUUUUGAAUUCAACUUAUUUAAUCUCUGAUGAUGGCAGCUUUGACUACGAUGUAUCUCAGUUCGAGGCUCUGCUGAAGUGUAGGAUGGAUGAAGACAAGUGUUCAGCGCUUGCAAAGUGUAGGCCUAAGUGAGUUUCCACCGGGCAUGCGGGCUGCUGGGCUGAUAACAUAUCCAGACUGGCUGGUCAUAAAUUGAGACCUAUCUCACUAAUCCUCCUCCUAUUUGCAUGGGCUUUAUGGUGCUAGUGUGUUUGUAUAGCUAACUACCCUGGGAAAUCAUGGUACAGUAGGUGUUCUUCUGUCAGUGGUGGAAUAUAAGGGGUUGUAGCCCAGUUGUAUAACUGAGAACAGGGUCGUGUUCUGUUUUGUUUCUGAAUGCUGACGUCACAGCCAGGGUUCUUUUAGUCCGGUGGAUCGGGUUUCCCCCAUGUGCCGCCUCCGGCUUUGUGUUUGUCUGCGCCUAUUGGCAUGACGACGUGGCAGAGUGCGUUUGUCCAUCUCUGCUAGCACAGGGUGCAGGGAGACGCACAUGUCUCUCUGGCUCUCUCUGUCUCUUCCUGUUUCAACCAAUGAUGUGUGGUAGUGUUCCAUUGUUAGUGUGUGUUUGAUUGUGUAGGACCACUGCUUGGCCAGGGUCUGUUCUCUAGGGCACGAUACGAUAUCACGAUACGAUAUGUAAAGCGAUUUCUCACUAUUCUAUAUGUCUUUUGCAAUUCUAUACUGCGAUUUUAUUGCGAUUUGAUGUUCCAAACAUAUUGUAUAUGUCUGCUGCAGAGAGACGAGAGAGAGAAUGAGAAAAUUAGUUUGAAACAUGUUGGCUCACUAGCUAACUCUACCUAGCAAAAAUAUAAAUAUUUGUUUUGAAGUAUGCAUGCAUGCGUUUGAGAGGAGGCAGACCCAAGGCUGGAGAUUUCACACUAGCUCAUCUUAUUCUUUUAACACAGGCCUGUAAAGGCCUCCUCCGCCCUAAGGCACACAUACACACCUUGCCCUAGUAGGGCAGGGGUUUCCAACAGGUAGUACUACCAGUAGCUCGCAGACCACCUAUGAGUAGCUCGCCAAGCAAUUCUGAAAGUACAUGCAUUUUUUUAUUUGUUCCAUCGCAAACUGUCAUAAGCUUCCGGCUACUAUCCAAUCAAAGCCACAUUGACAUUAUCCCACCCUUGGUUAGCACUAAAAGCCAAAAGUAACACAAUAUUGUCCCUGUCUGGUGCGUGCGUUUUGUUUAUCCUUCCGUAUGUAACCAGUUAGCGAUGCUAAUGAUAACCGUCUUGUGGGUAGCUCAGUGGGGUAGACAGAAAUACUUUCCCAAAAAACGUUCAACUAAAUGCAAAAUAGGCUUACCUGCCAGAACUAUACCAUCAUUAUUUGUAUCAAUUGUUUUACAAAGUCUGCCAUGACGUGCUGCAGCAGUAGGCCUAACAGGAGAAACAUCACUAGACUGACACAUUGCUCUUGCUAGAUGCACAAUUAAAGGGGAUUUGCACUGCAAAAUCUUUGUAUACAAAAAAAACAUGUUUACCUUGUUUCUCUGGAAAUAAUUGUAAUAUUGAGAGUUGGGGGGGAAAAAACAGGGGAAAAAAACAGACCAUAAUUCAGGAAAAUACAAAAUAUAAUUUUAUGGGGACUGACAUGCCAAAUCAUGCCACUAUUUUACCAGGAAUAUUGACAGAAAACACAUUUAUUUUACACAAAGGACCUGGGAACGAGUUGCAGGGUAGAGGAGAAGAUUGUGCCUAUUUGUUUUUAAAAAAGUAGCUCUCAUGCUAGAAAAGGUUGGAGACCCCUGCUCUAGGGGCUCCCCAUAACCAGGCCUGCUCUCUCCGCUACAUACAAGCUACCUCAGGCUCUGAUACUUAGACAAACUGCCAUGGCUUUGAGUAAUGUAAGGUUUUGAUUUUGCUCCAGUCCAUUACCUGACAUGGUUAGUAUGUGCAUGUAAAAAUGCUUCUAUAGUUGGGCCUAUAGGUUGUGUUAUGGUAACAAUACAUUGAUACUGUAUGAAGAGGUGACUGAGGUUGAGAGAAAGAUUUCUUUUUGGGUCAGUAUUAAUAGUUUGUACCUUAGGUCAUAAAGGCGUGUGUUGCUGGAGAGAGAGCUUUAGUCUUUCUCCCUCUCAGCUGUUACUGUGGACUAAGGAAAAGGAGCGAGAUAUUAUUCUUCGUAUCAUCAUCGCCUGAAAUAUUUUUUUUCUUUCCAAGCACUGUAACCCAAGGCUGUCGUUUGGUGGGAUAAAGUGGCUGCGUUAAGUCUGACAAAUGACUUUGUGAGAGGCACUGAUGAAAUAAUCAAAUUACAUGGAAUUGAAUUAACAGAGAACAUGACCUUCUGGCCUAUUGAGUCUCUCUCUGUGUGGUAUCUGCGUACAGUGUUGUGGGUCUGGUUUGUGUGCAUCUGGGAGAAAACGUUUAAAAGAAAAUGAGUGAAACUGGGAGGUACCUGAACAUUAUUACUUUUUUUACGGUUGCAAAAUGUUUUACUACAGUGUGCCGUACUGAACAGGACCCAGGUCUGGUGUGCAUGGAGACCAGGAGAGAUCAGAGGCCUUAGGAGCUCCCUCCCUUCUACUGACCGUAGAUCAGAUAUCAGAUUGAACUCUAAAACUGCUCUGCGGAAUGUACACACACACAAACCACUAGGGAAGGAUAUAACUGAGGGGGAACGGGACACCAGGGGAUAGCAGAAUACCCCAGCCAGUCAGGCAGGCAGUCUGUAGUAGGGUUAAGAGGUGUCCACUGAACCAAGGCACUGACUGGCAGCUCUAUUUGUCAACCUGUAUGCAGCCAGCCAGCCUGUACUAGGGUAUAGGGCCAGAGUGUGACCAUUGGGACAAAACAGUCACUGGCUGCUGCAACCUUUAUUCAGCCUGCAGCAGUCAUUUGUGCUUAGCAUCACCGAGUCAGAAUGGCCACGGGGAGCUGUGGUUGCUAGGGGUUACCAGCCCUGUUGGCAUUCUCCCUCUCCCUUGCUUCCCAACAUGAACAACGCACCUCCCUCCACCCACACCUCUCUCUCUCUUCCUCCCCCUUCCUCCCUCCCUCAGUGCUCGUGGUAACAUUCAUCAUGUAAAUGGUCUUCAGACUCGGCAGCAGACACAGACCUGCCUGAUAGACAAUUACAGACAUAUCUCCAUUUAUUAUCCCACACCGCUGCUAACCACGAACUGUGGAUGGGAAUAUAUUGGAUCCUUACUCUCCACUCUCCUCCCUCAUAGAUAAUAGAAAUGUGUCUUCUUGACAAUUCAAUCAGCAUUACAUAUCACAUGUUCUGCGUUUUCUGCAAAGGAGGAUUUGAUAUGGUAUUGAUCGCUUAAUCACUCUCUUCCUCCCACUGUCUCUGUCUGUCUCUCUCUGUCAAUGUCUGUCUCUCUCUGUCUAUCCCCUCUCUGCAGGAUGAGUGGGAUCACAGUAGUAAUGGCAGUACAGGGUCCAGGCCCAGCUCUGGCUCUAGACCUGGUUCAGGCUCCAGGUCUGGUAGCAGAGGGAGGAACAACCAAUUCAGAGGGCCAGCCAAGGUACAGGUAACUAACCAUACUACUGCUUUUACAGUAGACCACCACGUCCCCAGACAUUUAGCUCUAUAAACAGUUACAGCAACUAACUGCAUGCUUUUCAUGAUCAGGAAACAUCAAUUCCUGUAUUUUCAGAUACGUGAGGGAGGGUAGCCUAUCCAUUUGGCAUGUAGCUAGCUAGCUAAGCAAACAACAUUUAUCUUGCUUGUUGAGAGAUUAGGCUUUUUUUGGAAAGCGCUUGACAUUUGCACGUUUUUUAGUUUAAUUCAUCCUGGUAAAGUUGUCUGUCCCUGCUGCUGUAAAUACAUCCCCACAGCAUGAUGCUGCCACCACCAUGUUUCACCGUAGGGAUGGUGCCAGGUUUCCUCCGGACGUGACAUUUGGCAUUCAGGCCAAAGAGUUCAAUCUUGGUUUCAUCAAACCAGAGAAGGCCAUCAUGUGCCUUUUACUGAGGAAUGGCUUCUGUCUGGCCACUCUACCAUAAAGGCCUGAUUGGUGGAGUGCUGCAGAGAUGGUUGUCCUUCUAUGGAUUUCACAUGACUGGGCAGGGGCACAGCUGUGGGUUGGCCUGGGAGGGCAUAGGCCCACGCACUGGGGAGCCACGCCCAGCCAAUCAGAAUGAGUUUUCCCCCUUUAUUACAGACAGAAAUACUCCUUAGCGCUCCACAACCCCCCACAGGUGAAGAAGCCGGAUAUGGACAUACUGAGCUGGCGUGGUUACACGAGGCCUGCUGGACGUACAGCCAAAUUCUCUAAAAUGAGGUUGGAGGCAGUUUAUGGUAGAGAAAUUAACAUUAAAUUAUCUGGCAACAGCUCUGUUGGAAAUUCCUGCAGUCAGCAUGCCAAUUGCACACUCCCUCAACUUGACAUCUGUGGCUUUGUGUUGAAUGACAAAACUCCACAUUUUAGAGUGGCCUUUUAUUGUCCCCAGCACAAGGUGCACCUGUAUAAUGAUCAUGCUGUUUAAACAGCUUCUUGAUAUGCCACACCUGUCAGGUGGUUGGAUUGUCUUGGCAAAGGAGAAAUGCUCACUAUUAGGGAUGUAAACAAAUGUGUGCCCAAAAUUUGAGACAAAUAAGCUUUUUGUGCAUACGGAACAUUUCUGGGAUCUUUUAUUUCAGCUCAUUUUACAUGUUGCAUUUAUUUUUGUUCAGUAUAUUAACAUUUAUUAAAAAUAAACAAUAUGAACUUUAAACCAACUUUUUGCAAAGUACUUUUGAACAUUCUGGAUGUUUGCCGUUGUGAAAUAAUGGACUUUGACUUCACUCAAGGAACCAGUCAAUCAACUGCAACUUAUUACUAUCAAUCAAAUCAAAUCACAUUUUAUUUGCCACAUGCGCCGAAUACAACAGGUGUAGACAUUACAGUGAAAUGCUUACUUACAAGCCCUUAACCAACCAUGCAGUUGAAGAAAAAGUAAAAUAAAAAAGUGUUAAGUAAAAAAAAUUAAAGCAAAUAACUAAAGAGCAGCAGUAAAAUAAAAUAACAGUAGGGAGGCUAUAUACAGGGGGGUACCGGUACAGAGUCAAUGUGCGGGGGCACCGGCUAGUCAAGGUAAUUGAGUUAAUAGAGUGGGGGGAAAAAAGUAUUUAGUCAGCCACCAAUUGUGAAAGUUCUCCCACUUAAAAAGAUGAGAGAGGCCUGUAAUUUUCAUCAUAGGUACACGUCAACUAUGACAGACAAAAUUCGAAAAGAAAUCCAGAAAAUCACAUUGUAGGAUUUUUAAUGAAUUUAUUUGCAAAUUAUGGUGGAAAAUAAGUAUUUGGUCAAUAACAAAAGUUUCUCAAUACUUUGUUAUAUACCCUUUGUUGGCAAUGACACAGGUCAAACGUUUUCUGUAUGUCUUCACAAGGUUUUCACACACUGUUGCUGGUAUUUUGGCCCAUUCCUCCAUGCAGAUCUCCUCUAGAGCAGUGAUGUUUUGGGGCUGUCGCUGGGCAACACAGACUUUCAACUCUCUCCAAAGAUUUUCUAUGGGGUUGAGAUCUGGAGACUGGCUAGGCCACUCCAGGACCUUGAAAUGCUUCUUACGAAGCCACUCCUUCUUUGCCCGGGUGGUGUGUUUGGGAUCAUUGUCAUGCUGAAAGACUCAGCCACGUUUCAUCUUCAAUGCCCUUGCUGAUGGAAGGAGGUUUUCACUCAAAAUCUCACGAUACAUGGCCCCAUUCAUUCUUUCCUUUACACGGAUCAGUCGUCCUGGUCCCUUUGCAGAAAAACAGCCCCAAAGCAUGAUGUUUCUACCCCCAUGCUUCACAGUAGGUAUGGUGUUCUUUGGAUGCAACUCAGCAUUCUUUGUCCUACAAACACGACAAGUUGAGUUUUUACCAAAAAGUUCUAUUUUGGUUUCAUCUGACCAUAUGACAUUCUCCCAAUCCUCUUCUGGAUCAUCCAAAUGCACUCUAGCAAACUUCAGAUGGGCCUGGACAUGUACUGGCUUAAGCAGGGGGACACGUCUGGCACUGCAGGAUUUGAAUCCCUGGCGGCGUAGUGUCUUACUGAUGGUAGGCUUUGUUACUUUGGUCCCAGCUCUCUGCAGGUCAUUCACUAGGUCCCCCCAUGUGGUUCUGGGAUUUUUGCUCACCGUUCUUGUGAUCAUUUUGACCCCACGGGGUGAGAUCUUGCGUGGAGCCCCAGAUCGAGGGAGAUUAUCAGUGGUCUUGUAUGUCUUCCAUUUCCUAAUAAUUGCUCCCACAGUUGAUUUCUUCAAACCAAGCUGCUUACCUAUUGCAGAUUCAGUCUUCCCAGCCUGGUGCAGGUCUACAAUUUUGUUUCUGGUGUCCUUUGACAGCUCUUUGGUCUUGGCCAUAGUGGAGUUUGGAGUGUGACUGUUUGAGGUUGUGGACAGGUGUCUUUUAUACUGAUAACAAGUUCAAACAGGUGCCAUUAAUACAGGUAACGAGUGGAGGACAGAGGAGCCUCUUAAAGAAGAAGUUACAGGUCUGUGAGAGCCAGAAAUCUUGCUUGUUUGUAGGUGACCAAAUACUUAAUUUCCACCAUAAUUUGCAAAUAAAUUCAUAAAAAAUCCUACAAUGUGAUUUUCUGGAAAAAAAAUUCUCAAUUUGUCUGUCAUAGUUGACGUGUACCUAUGAUGAAAAUUACAGGCCUCUCUCAUCUUUUUAAGUGGGAGAACUUGCACAAUUGGUGGCUGACUAAAUACUUUCUUUCCCCACUGUAUGUACAUGUGGGUAGAGUUAAAGUGACUAUGCAUAAAUAAUAAACAGAGUAGCAGCAGAGUAAAAGAGGGGGAUGGGGUGGGGGGGGGGGGCAGUGCAAAUAGUCCGCAUAGCCAUGAUUAGCUGUUCAGGAGUCUUAUGGCUUGGGGGUAGAAGCUGUUGAGAAGCCUUUUGGACUUAGACUUGGCACUCAGGUACCGCUUGCCGUGCGGUAGCAGAGAGAACAGUCUAUGACUAGGGUGGCUGGAGUCUUUGACCAUUUGUAGGGCCUUUUUCUGACACCGCUUGGUAUAGAGGUCCUGUAUUGCAGGAAGCUUGGCCCCAGUGAUGUACUGGUCCGUACGCACUACCCUCUGUAGUGCAUUGCGGUCGGAGGCUGAGCAGUUGACAUACCCAGGCGGUAUUGCAACCAGUCAUGUUGCUCUCGAUGGUGCAGCUGUAGAACUUUUUGAGGAUCUGAGGACCCAUGCCAAAUAUUUUCAGUCUCCUGAGGGGGAAUAGGCUUUGUCGUGCCCUCUUCACGACUGUCUUGGUGUGUUUGGACCAUGAUAGUUUGUUGGUGAUGUGGACACCAAGGAACUUGAAGGUCUCAACCUGUUCCACUACAGCCCCAUCGAUGAGAAUGGGGGCGUGCUCAGUCCUCUUUUUUUCCCUGUAGUCCACAAUCAUCUCCUUUGUCUUGAUCACGUUGAGGGAGAGGUUGUUAUCCUGGCACCACACGGACAGGUCUCUGACCUCCUCCCUAUAGGCUGUUUCAUCGUUGUCGGUGAUCAGGCCUACCGCUGUUGUGUCGUCGGCAAACUUAAUGAUGGUGUUGGAGUUGUGCCUGGCCAUGCAGUCAUGGGUGAACAGGGAGUACAGGAGGGGACUGAGCACGCACCCCUGAGGGGCCCCCGUGUUAAGGAUCAGCGUGGCAGAUGUGUUUGUACCUACCCUUAUCACCUGGGGGCGGCCCGUCAGGAAGUCCAGGAUCCAGUUGCAGAGGAAGGUGUUUAGUCCCAGGGUCCUUAGCUUAGUGAUGAGAUUUGAGGGCACUAUGGUGUUGAACGCUGAGCUGUAGUCAAUGAAUAGCAUUCUCACGUAGGUGUUCCUCUUGUCCAGGUGGGAAAGGGCAGUGUGGAGUGCAAUAGAGAUUGCAUCAUCUGUGGAUCUGUUGGGGCGGUAUGCAAAUUGGAGUGGGUCUAGGGUUUCCGGGAUAAUGGUGUUGAUGUGAGCCAUGACCAGCCUUUCAAAGCACUUCAUGGCUACAGAUGUGAGUGCUACGGGUCGGUAGUCAUUUAGGCAGGUUAUCUUAGUGUCCUUGGGCACAGGGACUAUGGUAGUCUGCUUGAAACAUGUUGGUAUUACAGACUCAGUCAGGGACAUGUUGAAAAUGUCAGUGAAGACACUUGCCAGUUGGUCAGCACAUGCUCAGAGUAUAGCAGUGGCCAUAGAAGUAACUGGGAAAAGGAUGAAUCUUUUUGAUGAAAUCGAUAGCCCAUUGCCUAAUACCAGAAUUGAUGGACCUGCAUAUUCAUUCAUAUAGGUAUCUGAUUUUAGAAAUAUACAUUCAUCUCUUUUUUGAGCAUCUACAUACAGUGGGGAGAACAAGUAUUUGAUACACUGCCGAUUUUGCAGGUUUUCCUACUUACAAAGCAUGUAGAGGUCUGUAAUUUUUAUCAUAGGUACACUUCAACUGUGAGAGACGGAAUCUAAAACAAAAAUCCAGAAAAUCACAUUGUAUGAUUUUUAAGUAAUUAAUUUGCAUUUUAUUGCAUGACAUAAGCAUGCGUGCAUGCUCAGUCGGGAUCUAAUUCUGUGGCCAUAACCUUAACCACUUUGUUGGAUGUAGGCUACCUCUUUUUGAACUAGGCUCUGUCGUAGCCGGCCGUGACCGGGAGACCCAUGGGGCGGCGCACAAUUGGCCCAGCGUCGUCCAGGAUAGGGGAGGGAAUGGCCGGCAGGGAUGUAGCUCAGUUGGUUGAGCAUGGCGUUUGCAACGCCAGGGUUGUGGGUUCAUUUCCCACGGGGGGCCAGUAAAAAAAAAAUAUAUAUAUAAAAAAUAUAUUAAAAAAAUAAUGAUGUAUGCACUCACUAACUGUAAGUCGCUCUGGAUAAGAGCGUCUGCUAAAUGACUAAAAUGUAAAUGUAACUACUUUAUAGAUGUAUUCAAAUGACUGUAGCAUUUCUGUUGUCAAUACAGUAGCCUAGUAGUAGUUGAAAGCUGGCUGUGGUGCUGAAAUGUGGAGACGAGGGUGCGCAAGUCUAUUACAAGCAGCGCCUGGCCCAUCAAUGAUUUAGAAUGGCGUAUCAAGUCCACCAGCUUUGCACAGUUUCUGUAAUCAACAUAUCUGCAUCUAGCUAUUCAUUAAAGUAGCUAGCUAGCUAGACUAGUGAGUGCUUUGUUAACUUUAUUAGAAGUAGCCUACGUUUUGAAAUGUGAGCAGCUAUAGUCCCGGUGCCCAGUGGUCCUGCGGGCUGCCAACUCCUCUCUCUGUCUCUCUCGUGCGAUAUGCUGUCCCUCCAAUAAUGGCUUGAAUAAUAGGCUUGUCGGAGGAGUUUUCUAGGCAGAGACAAUGGCGUGUUUUCUAAGAUGAGACAGCUAGCAUUCAGACCUUAUGACUGUACACUCCCAGUCAGUAGCCUUUUGGACGUAUGUGUAGGUUACUCCCCUGGCUAGGCAUUGAGUUGGAAAGCAACUGGUUGUUUGUUGAAUGAACAUCCCUUUGAUUGCUGCAUCUCAUAUCUUACAUUACAAAAUGACUGUGUUAUUAUUAUGAUAUUACAGAUGUUAUGAUCGGCACAUUGCAGUGAUUAAUAGGUCUAUCUAUACCUUGCAAAUCACCUUGUCAUCUAUUUAUCACUCUAUCAACAUGGACAUCUGUAAAUUAUCCGAAACGUUGUGACAUGUAAUUUGACGACUGGGCUAUUGUGUCAGAACAUUUUGUUGCAAAAUAAUUUUAUAGGAUAGCUACAUGAUGUGAAAUGCUGAACAUGUGCGCAAUGUUUGCAGUGGCACGUUCUGUUUUUCAGAAUGUCUCUGCAAAUGCACAUAAAAAACUAGUUUUUUAUUAUUAUGUGAAAUGAGGUGAAUAUUGGUUGUGAAUAGGCUACUUGGUGGUUUUUGGGUUGAAUUGUAACAGUAGUUUGCCCUGUUAAAAUGUUUCAUAUACACCCUUUAACUAGUGUCACUACAUCAACGUAAGUGUUAGUAUGCAAGUUAAGUAUUAUUUCAAUGAAGCGCUGUGACAGUGGACAAUAAGAGACCCCUUUUGAUCAAAAUUAAGCUGUAGUAGUAGAUAUGUUCUGUAAAGUGAUAUAUAGAUAAUACAGUGUUGUAACGUGUUGUCUUUCAGAACGGGAACAGAGAAGGGUCAUUUGACAUCCUGGGUACUGACAUCUGGGCUGCUAACACCAUGGACUCUCAUGGGUAUGUCAUGUAUGUACUAUUUACUCAUUCAUUACUCACCACCCCACAGUUCCCCAUCACAACACGCGCACACACACAAACACCAUGGACUCAUGAGUAUGUCUUGUAUUGACCAACCAGUUUUCCUACCCAUCAAUGGAUAGGAAAAAUAUACAUUAUUACAAACUCCUACAGAUGUAUAGCUUGUAGAGUCUGUUUACAUUCCUAGGCUUCAUUGUCUUUAUGGGUGGUUGGAUGGGUGAGUGGUUUAGCCUGACUACCCAUCCACAUCGCUCCUGCCAAACACCACGCUCACUAACGAGUCUGGAUUUGCUUUCCUCCCCGACGUCUUGUAGAAUGCAAACACUUUCUGAUUGGUCCCAGAAACUGAUGGGUUGGGCAAGAGCAGGCCUACACUAAUAAAGCAAUUGGCUUUGAUACUCUGAUUGGUUGGAGACUAUGCAAUCGCUGAUUAAUUUGUUUUAUAAAGCCCCUCAUUUUGACAUCGGCACAAACUACUUCUAGGAUGGCUGUUUCAGAAUGAAUGUAUUGAUUGAGCAGAGGAAUUAAUUUCUGGAUGAGUCGUCAGGUGUCUUCAGCGUUUGAAACUGUACAGUCUCUUGUCCUGGUAUAGUGGUGGCUAACCUCUCCAGACCAGACAAGCUGAUGAUAGGAAAACAUUACCUGCUUUGAUGUUGUCAGACUGGAGAUAGAGCAAAACAACCACAGUGGCCAGACUGUUCUAACAAAAUAACUACAUUAGCAAUGGCUUAGCCUCAGGCUAAAUUAAAUUAAUUUACAGCCACACCUUCUUUCAAAUACAUGCAUCAAAGAUGAACACAUAUCCAAAACUCUUCUGGGAUGAGAUGACAAGCUGUUUUGGGAGGUUUAAAAAAAGAAGCCGCACCACCACCGCAAAACACAAUGGCUUGAAUCUCUUGUGUGUUGGGUGUCGCCAGUGUACCUGGAGGCUGGGUGCCAUGGCGACAGCUGCACGGUAAUUCCACGGUAACCUUUCCUCAAAGAGGUUGUUAAACUACGUUGGUAUAGAAGGAAGAAAGUAAGCCACACACACACGAAGGAAGCUCGCUCUAUUACUACGACCAGGCUGUAAUCGGAUUAGCCAGAAUCCCCCCACACCCGUGACCAGGGGCUGUAUUUGCUUACAAACAAGCUUUAUAUUCUUUGUCAGAUUCAUGAUAGAUUAAUGUAAUGGCUGGAUUAAAACUGGCACUCUUUCAAUUUUGUGAAUUACGUUUUAAUCAGCACACUGUGAAACAUAUGGUAACAUCAUCUGUCUGAGAGUUUUAAAGUAGCUAUUAGCUGGGCAUCAUCAGGGGGUCAUUUAAAGUAGCUAGGAUGACCAGGCAUCAUCAGGGGGUGUUCCUAAAGUAGCUAGGCUGCCUAUAGGUAUCAUUAGGGGGCAGCUAGAUCAGGGGUGUUUUGGGUGAUUAAAUGGAUGAUCACUUGUCUUGUUUUGGGGGCUUAGAGAAGUGGGCAGGGUAGAUAGAGUUAGUGAUGGUCUUGUAGAAAUGGAGACUUCAGUUUCUGCUCUGAGUGAAUGAAUGCUCUAAGAACACAUUGUGUGUCUUUCCUGCUAUUAACAGACCUCUUCCUGUCCUGUGUUGUAGUCGGGCAACCAGCCUGAGUAUUAACUGUCAUGUCAUCUUCCUCACCUCUGUUGUGUUGUUUUUGUAGGGGGGCGACGUGGGACCUCCAGCCUGAGAAGCUGGACUUCAGCCAGUUCCACAGGAAACCCUUCCGGGGAACACCAAAGCACCUCCCACACAUCGACAGAGAGGGGUGAGUACAUCUUCAGCCUCAAUUCAAUAAAACUCACUCGCUACCAUUUUCCCUUGUCCCUAACCCUUCAAUGUUUCCUCUUUGCAGAUCUGAAAGCCCAUACAUCCCUCCCAUUGAUCCUCUUCCAUGGGAUAAACAUGAAAAUGAUGAUGCUGGUCCAUUCCAUUACUACUUAGAACUGUAGGUGUCUGUAGCCUCUGCUAGACUCUUCCUGCCCCAGGCCUCUCAACCUCAGUACUGGCUUAUCAUAUAUGCUCAAUCUCAAUUAUUCUUUCCACCAUUCCUCACAUCCUUCUCAACCAUAUUGGAGGAGAAGGUCCAAGGUCCCGCCCCUCCAAACUUCUUCUCCAAUGAGUUUUGAGAAGGAGGCGAGGAAAGAGGAUGUGAGGAAUGAAGGAAAGAUGAAUUGAUAAUGAGCCACAGCCCCCUGUAUAAGGAAGGCCCUAUCAGAGCCCCAUCUAUUACACCCAUUCAUCCUGUCUCCGUCUCUGAGUCUGUCUGUUUCUCUGUCUCUCAGGAUGAUGAAAGGCAAGUUUGAAUAUGAUGAUGGGAUCAACCUGAACGACAUGGAGAAGUUCCUGCCAGGCCUUACCGUAAGUUAACUAUCCUCUAUCUCUAUCUUCUUCUGUAGAUCAAGUAUUCUGUCUUUAUCUCUGUCCUCGUUCUGCUUUCUAUCAAGGCCAUAAACCUACUUGUUGGUAGGGAGCUCCACCUGAUGGUUAAAAGAGGGAACAACCGUACUUUAGUGAAGGAAUUUUUUUUAAUAUUCUUGUGUGAGUGGACUGACAUCUAGUGGCGAAAUGUUGUCCCUUUACUGCCACCCUGUGGUAGGUUCAACGUAAGUUCCGUCCAUCCUCAUCAUAAAGCUGGAUCUCUGUAUCUAUCUUACCAAUGCUUGUAAACCCUAAAUGGAACACAUUCACUUCUCAUCCCCACUACCAAGAUGGGGGUGUAAAUGUAUUUAGCUGUUUAGCCAAGAUGACUGUAAAACAAUGCAAUGCAAUUCAAUAAACUUUAAUCAUUCCCAAGGGGCAAUUAUUGCUGGCAGGAAUAGGAUACAGAUACAACCAGGUUGGGUCUUGCAUGUCUACAGCACUACGUCACUGUGUGCCAGUCGGGUUUGUCUGCUCUGCUGUGGUCUGCUGACGGGCAGGAUGUUGGCACAGGGGCACUGGAGGGUCAGGAGGACAGGACAGGACAGGACACACACACACAUUCCCCCACCCUGCCCAUGUCACUGCCCUGCCAGCCAGCCAUGACGCCACCCCACACCAGGCCAAGCCAGUCUCCGGGCUAUUGUUAUCGUUUCAUUGUGACCAUGAUACGUCAGCCCACAGUCUCCUUUGACCGACUGCAUUCUAAAAUACACAGACGCCCCACAACAACGUAAGGGAAGGAACUGUGACUGCAAGGAUGCGGAUGACCCUGAAAGUAAAACUCAAAUCAUAGCCAAAAAAGUAGAAAAUAGACCAAAGAAAGUACCUCCUCAAGAUGACUGAAUAUUAGUGUUUAUGAUCAUGCUUCCUCUACUCAGCAGUGCCUGAUAAUAUCACUCACGAGACCUGGCAAUGCCAAUCCUGUUUCCCUUCCAGUGUUUGUCAAUAGUGACAUUCAGUGGGUCUGAUGCCCAUUGCCCUGUGUUGGCCUCAGUAGCUCAGCCACAUAGAGCUCUCCAUUGUCCCCUGCUAGGCUCCUGUGAUCAGGACCAGCCAGUCAGUCCCUGGGUUUACCUCACUGAUAACCUGACUAAAUAUAGCAGCAGACCAUGCCGCUAUGCCUCUGACUGACUGGAGCUCUGUGUGUACAGUGCCGUGAAAAUAUAUUUGCCCCCUUUAUGAGCUCGGUCCACUCUUUACACUUAGUUGUUUAUAUCUUCACCCAAAACCUAAUAUUAGAUCAAGGGAACAUGAAUGAACAAAUAACAUUUAGAUAAUUAUUUUCUCCUUUAAGAAUGAUCUCAUGCAGAGCAGAAUUCAUGGUUUCUUUGAUGAUGGCAAGUCGUCCAGGCAGCAAAGCAUCCCCAAACAAUCACAAUACCACCUCCAUGCUUGACUGUUGGAAUGACAUUCUGAAUGUGGAAUGCAGUGUUUGGUUUUCGGCAGGAAUAAUGGGACCCAUGACUCGCCUAUCCAUAGAACAAUCUUCCAGGAGUCUUGACGAUCAUCCAGGUGCUUUUUGGCAAACUUAAGUUGACUUUAUAAACAACACGGGUGCUGUUAUUUCUGGCGAAAACCAAACACUGCAUUCUACAGUAAGAACCUCAUACCAACGGUCAAGCGUGGUGGUGGUGGUAGCUGAAGCGCAGCUGGGCCAUGCAAUAAGACAAUGAUCCAAAACACACAAGUCUACAUCAGAAUGGCUGAAAAGCAACAAAUCUAAUGUUUUGUAAUGGCCUAGUCAAAGUCCAGACCAUAACCCGAUUGAGAUGUUGUGGCAGGACCUGCAACAAGCAUUUCAUGCUCGAAAAGCGCUACAUGUCGCUGUGUUAAAGCAGUUCGCAUGAAAGAUUGGGCCAAAAUUCCUCCACAGCGAUGUGAGAGACUGACAUGGGACUGACGUGCUGCUGGCGUGGUAAGGAAGCCUACUGUAUGUUUGUUCCACUCUGUCUCCCUAAUGGUGAAGGGUAGUCAGUGUAAUGUUUGUGUGUGUGGCUAGAAAUAGUUUACAUCCUGCCAAUCAGAAUCAUGAAUAGGAUCAGGGCUUGUUCAUAUGUGCAGCUUUGGGAAGUGUUCAGUAGGGAUACACAUUUUUAAUGUUUUGAAACAGUGAGGUACUACCUGAAAUCGUCUAAUAACAACACAGAUUUUUGUUGUCUGUUGCAAACCCUGAUGUAGGCAUGAUGUCUGAUGAAACUGGCCCUGAGUGCAGUGCAAUGGGGAACAGGGACACUCUGUGCAGACAGAACUCUGUGUGUUAAUGUAACACUAACUAGAGCAGUUAGUCAACAGUGACCUGCCACUUCCACAGUCUUCACCCUUAAACUCUAGGGGGCUAAUCUGGGCCAAGAGACUACGUAACCCACAACCCUCCUCUCCUCCAAAACUUCCACAGUCACUUCCGAGAGACAGAGCGAGAGAGAGAAUAUCUCUGCAAGACACGUCCCUCGGGAGCGCUGCUGGCUUCCCUCGAAUGCUGCUGAUUGCUCCACACACACACCCCUCUCCCACCCUACCGCCUGUGUUAUGAUGACAGUGUAGACAGGUUAGAUUCUUGCAGGAUGAAUCCCUGGGGCUGGAGUGAGACGUGCUUCAUUAAAGAUGAGUCAAGCCCCUUCCCGCUCCUCAUUCCCGCUGCUGACAUAGUUUACACUGGGAGUGGGUGUGUGUCGUGUCCCCACCCACCCUUACCCGAGCAGAGAUGGGAAACAGAGCUGUGUGUGCGUUUACGUCAGGUCAGCUUUAAGAGCAUGGCAUGGCAGGGAGCCCUCUCAUGUUCCCAUAGUUCAUAGUGACACAGACGGACAGCUCAGUCAUUGGGCAGAUGAUGUCAACAGAAGACGUGCUGUUGUGACAUACACAACUAUGUGUGCAUUUGGCGGAUGAUGUCAACAGGAGAUGUGUUAUUGUGACACAGGCCUAUACAUCUCUGUGUGCUCUGGGGCAUUCUGAGCAUGCAUGUCAACAACACAACCCAUCCACACAACUGAAUUUGAUGUGAUGUGUUGUCAUGCAUGGAUCUGUCUGUGAAAUGAAACUGUGUCUCUGUGUUUGUGUGGUGCUGAGUAGGACAGAUGUUUGUGUGUCUGUAUAUAUGUAAUUUUUUUUAGUUUAGUUUUAGUACCCUAACAACAUCUAGUUGCCCUGUUCAGGGUUCAUACAGUAAUGAAAAUCCUGGAAAAGUCAUGGCAAUUUGGAAAUUGUGUAUUCCAGGACUGGAAAAAUAAUUAAAUCAGAAAAGUCAUGGAAAUAAGUUUUACAAUUUUGGUUCAUGUAAUUAAUUUAGGCAAACUUUUAAAGUAUCAUAUCAAUCACGUAAAAAUCUACAUAUCAGCCAUGAUCGGAAUGACCCUUCAGAGCAUGUCUCCGUGUGUACUGUAUGUGCAUCACAUGCAUACAUUAUGUGUGCCAUGCGAAUGGGCCGUUGGUCACAGAGAGCAAGGGAGACAUUGCAGCAGCAGGUAGCCUAUGAAAUAAUGAUAGACAACAGACUCUAACUAGAUAGCCAAUUUAAAAUAAGCUUGUAUCCUGGCUAGUUCUUUUGUUAUCUGACUAUUUAGCUAUUAUUAGCAUGUGUUAAUGUCAUCGUUAUGUCAUAAAAACUUUCCACUGGCACUCGUUAAUAACCUCAAAUGGCCGAUGUGCAGAUGAUGAACAUGACAGGUGCUACAUACUUUGGGUGUAAAACGGUUGUAAAACAAUGUCUCAAGCACUGAAUAUUAGUAGAUGAGAAAUACAAAGCUGGAGUUCCUCUCUAUUCAACAGUAGCCAUGUUAUUCUGACAACGUUAAAUAAAUAUUCUUAGAAUUGCCUAAUUGACAAACAACUCCCAUGCUGUCAAUACAUCUCCCCUGAAACCUGAAUAUUUUAGCCGUAUAAUGUUGUAGAUAAACAUGUCUUCGUUAGCUAUGAAGUAGCCUACCUUUGUAGCCAUUUGAUCCCUGAUUCAUUGAAAGAGGGAAUUAUUUUAUAAAGACAUUAAAAAUAUAUAUAUAUAAGGGUGGCCAACCAUCCCCCAGGAGAGCAACUGGAUGUGCAGGCUUUUGUUCCUGCUUUGCUAUUACACACCACAUUGUAAAAAUCAUCUGUUCAACAGGACCUUGAUAAGCUGAGUUGGGUGUGUUUGAGCAGGGCUGGAUCAAAAGCCUGCACUGCACACCAAUUAGCUUUCCAGAUGGAGGGUUGACCACGUGUUUUGUACGGUAGCCUAACAAUGCUGCUGUUCAACUUUGUGGGCGGUUAAGUGCCUUGCUCAAGGGAGCAACGGCAGGAGAUGGUACGUGGGAUCAGAGACAUUUCACAUUUAUGCGUACUUUUUCAUGUAUACAUAGAGACGCCACAAAUUAUUGGUAAUGGAAAUUUGGUUAAAAGUCAUGGAGAAUUCAUGGAAAAGUCAUAAAAUUCCAUCUGUCAAAAAGUGUAUGAACCCUGCUUGUUUGUGCGACUGCGACCUGUGCAGUGUACAGAAGUCCUCCGGCACCAUUUGAUUUCAAUGAGUAUUACUAGCAUUUGAUCAUAUUCUCUCUUUUCCUAUUGCUUAAAGGGCUCUGUUUUUGCAUUGACGUUCGAGCCGGCUUGUCUGUUUCCGUGUACGUGCGCGGAAGCGUGCUUGUGCUCAUGUCCUGUGUGCACUCAUGUCCGUCGCUCCAUUUGUUGUCAUUCAUAAACUCUCAAUGGUCUUAUCAAACUAAUGUUGGUCAACAUCAGGGUGAUUAAGUUAGAUUUUAGUAGAUUAACUGUAGUCUUCUCUCUAAGGCAGUGAUAAGGAGUCCAGGGUGACAUUCUGCACAUUUCUUAGACUUCCUCCCCUGUCGUCUGCCUCUGUCUCAGUGGGACUGGUUGCUGGUUGUUUUCCCAGGAGGGAGGAAGGCUGUGAUAGCCUGGUCCCAGAUCAGUUUUUUCUGUUUUGCCACUUCCUAUGGUCAUUGUCAUGUCAAUGACCAUGGAAGUUGUCAAGACCGCACAAACCGAUCUGGCACCAGGCUGAGGCUUACCCUCCUGCUCCCACAUUCUCUCUCUGGUGGUGCUUUGGUACUGAGCCAGUCAGUCAGUAGGGGCCUGGCGGGCUGACCGGUGGUGGCCGGGACCACAGAGUCACUGAGGACACAUCCGCUCGGUCCGCUCUGGUUCCUUCCUGCUGAACAAAGCGACCAGAGGGCCAGACUCAAGACGUCUCCUCAGACUGGCUGGCCCCCCCCCGGUCUACGUGCACCAGAGCAGGAGUCUCAGAGGGGAGUUCAGCCAGCCAGCUAGCCCUCAUGACUAUAACUGGGGCCGGUACGUAACACAGGUCUGCCUGGGGCUGGAGACUGGAUUUGGCCCUGCUCCCUCCUCCAUUCUUGUCCUCCUCCUACUCCCUCUUUCACGUCCACAGUAGAACAAUGUGGAGGUCAGUGCGGUGAGCAGCCCCCUCCUACUCCCUUUUCCUGCCAUUGUCAGCCAGAGAGGAGAGCAGAGAGCCUCAGCUCUGCUCCCAGUGACCGACCACAAAAGAAUGGCCUUUAGGGAUCAGGGAACUGGCUCUGGAGGAGACGCGUAUAUACACACACACACACACACAAUGUAUUUGGCACUCAAACUCAAUCACUGUUAUUUUCCCGCCGCCAUUUUUGUGUGUGAAUGGAUUAAUUUAUUUGUGCUUUAUUUCUUAUGUCUUUAUACUCCAAACCUCAAUAUUAUAUACGUCAAAAUUCUCCAUUUGACAUUUAGCAACACGUCGAAGUUCAUGAAUGAACGUAAGACAUCUGGGACUUUGAGUAUCAGCACGUUCCACUCCAUAAUCAUCACUUCUGGUGGUCGGAUCCUGAGCAUCUCAUUGGUUGGCCAGACCGAGGACGAUUGCAUCAUAAUAGUCAGUCAGUCAGUGGCUGUUGGAGGCACCUCCCCUGUGGGAGUGGGAGCCAGGCCUGGGCUGUGUCCCAAAGGGCACAUUAUUCCCUUUAUACUGCACUACAUUUGACCAGAGCCCUAUGGAGCCUGGUCAGAAGUAGUGCACUAAAGGGAAUUGUUUGCCAUUUGGGACGCAACACUGGAUAUCCUGCACACCACGGCCCCCUGAUCGCUAGUUUGGGUCGUCUUCCUUCCCCAGUAUUUGUGAGACUGGAAACCAGACGAACCACACUGGCCUGAUUUGAGAUGGGAGGGAGGGGGAGAGACAGAGAAAGAGAGGGCUGCAUGGACUAGAUGGGAGGAAUGGAGGGAGACGAGGGGUUGCAUGGACAGGAUGGGAGGCAGAGGAGGGAGGAAAAAGAGACCGAAGAGAACGAGAGGAGGGCUGCAUGAAUAGGAAGGAAGGAAGGAAGGAAGGAAGGAAGGAAGGAAGGAAGGAAGGAAGGAAGGAAGGAAGGAAGGAAGGAAGGAAGGAAGGAAGGAAGGAAGGAAGGAAAGGAAAGGAAGGGGUGGCUUGUUGGGUGAAUGGCAGAGGUAAACAUAGUGUCUGUGUGGGCCACACCCGCCCACCCGCUGUAGAGGCCCCUCUCUGUGCCCCCGCCAAACCAGACCACCAGACUAUACUGUGUCUCCCCUGUGAUUAUAUACGAGUCAGACAUGGGCCCAUUAGGCAGUGUCCUGUUCUCUCUCUCUGCCUCCCAGGCUGAUCAAUAAGAUAUCCAACAACACAAUACCAUUGUAAUCAAUCAUUAAACUUCAUCCAUCAAUAGAUUCAAGUGGAUUAGUUAUAACCAUUAGUUAAAACUGAUUCAUAAUUAAUGGGUAUACAAUGUUAACCAUUGGUUAUAAUUAUUUGUUUAUGUAUGCUGAACAAAUAUAUAAAUGCAACAAUUUCAAAGAUUUUACUGAGUUACCGUUCAUAUAAGGAAUUCAGUCAAUUUAAAUAAAUUCAUUAGGCCCUUAUCUAUGGAUUUCACGACUGGGCAGGGGCGCAGCCAUGGGUGGGCCUGGGAGGACAUAGGCCCACCCACUGGGGAGCCUGGCCCAGCCAAUCACAAUGAGUCUUUCCACACAAAAGGGCUUUUUUACAGACAGAAAUACUCCUCAGUUUCAUCAGCUGUCCAGGUGGUUGGACUCGGACAAUCCCGCAGGUGAAAAAGCCGGAAGUGAAAGUCCUGGGCUGGUGUGGUUACACGUGGUCUGCGGUUGUGAGGCCGGUUGGAUGUACUGUCAAAUUCUCUAAAACGACUUUGGUGGCUUAUGGUAGAGAAAUUAACAUUACAUUAUCUGGCAACAUCUUUGGUGGCCAUUCCUGCAGACAGCAUGCCAAUUGCACGCUCCCUCAAAACUUGAGACAUCUGUGGCGUUGUGUUGUGUGACAAAACUGCACAUUUUAGAGUGGCCUAUCUAUCAGCCUCUCAGUGUGACGGCAGCCUGAUCCCGGACUGACUGACUGAACUGAAGAACAGCAAAGCAAAGCCCCGCUCGACUCCCUCUACAAAAGCAUCAAACCUCCAGCAGUCUCUCUCUCCCCAUUGUCUUUAAGCCACGGAUCGCUGCCUGAGUCCUGACACUGUAGACUGGCUGCUCCACUCAUAGUAGCUUCUUAUGCAACCAGUGACCAUUGGCCAGAGAACAACGAUAGAGAACACAGGGUCCCUGCCUGCCUGUGAAUAAUAAGCCAUUCGACUAAACUAGACCCUGAAUAAUAAGCCAUUCGACUACUAGACUAGAUACUGAACACUAGAGCCUGGGAAUAAUAAGCCAUUAGACUAGACUAGAGCCUGAGAAUAAUAAGCCAUUAGACUAGACUAGAGCCUGAGAAUAAUACGCCAUUAGACUUUUCUGUCCUGACUCCAGAGCCCUUUGAGGUAGUGUGAGUUUUUAUAACAGACCAUUUGGAAAGGAAUCAGACAGAUAAUGUUAUGUAUAGAAAUGUAAUAUCCCUCUAGGAGAGACAAGGCAGUGGAUUUUAGAUUUCACAUUUUUAUGUUAUCCUUAUUUCUGACUCAUCCAUCCAGCAGGACCAUCUGAUGGGACAGACUAGGGCUGAUUGGAGAGAGGUGAUUGGCUGGCUGUGUUGCAGGGCUUUGGAUCCAUGCUUGUAGAAUAUAAUGACUCUUACUGGUGUGUUGUAAUGCGUAUUUUACCACCAGUUCUAUUGGAAGCACACCACAUUUUCUCACCCAUCUCAAGUUCUGUGGUCAGUGGUUAUUUUCGGGAUUCUGAAUAAAAGUAGAACUUUGCUGGUGUUGCUAGGUGGUGGCUGUUUUGCAAAACUGUCAUAUUGUUUUUGGUGUUUGAGUGGGCCAGAGUCUGGUUUUUAUAGCUGAGGCAUUGUAAUCCCUCACUGCCCACACACACAAUCACGCACGCACACAAUGAGGUUGUACGGGCAUAAUGUUUGUAUGUGUUUGCGGCUGUGUUUGGGCAUCCCUGUGUGUAUGUGUCCAUGCGUCUGCAUUUGUCCACCCGCGCCCCCAGUUGAUCCAGGGUUUGGACUGAGACACAGAGAGCGGGUAGCCUAUUGGAGGCCCUGCCUGGCCUGUGGUGGAAAGACAUUCCACAGCGCUUCCUGUUUGGUUUGAGCGACGACGCUUCUCUUUCCCUUGUAUGCCUCCAUUUGCCUGCCUUCUCCACUCCGUAAUACCUCUCUUAAUUAAGUAAUGUGAGCUGUGAGGUCAGAGGGGAAACUUGGACCGAUGUGUGUACUCCGAGAAGGAACGUCCGUAGAGUACAUUACCCUGUGUAGCUCUGUGCUGCCUGUGUGGAGGAUGCCAGUUGGCUAGCACCAGUUGGCUAACAUGGGCCAUUCACUUUAGUGAUGUGUCAAGUUACUGUGCUAGUUUCACAAGCAUUACACAUGAAAGACUAGAGCACGUUUGAAAUGGGCAAGACAAGCAAAAAUGUACACUACUGUUCAAAAGUUUGGGGUCACUUAGAAAUGUCCUUGUUUUCGAAAGAAAAAAAAAAUUUGUCUAUUAAAAUAACAUCUAAUUGAUCAGAAAUACAGUAUAGACAUUGUUAAUGUUGAAAUGGCUAUUGUAGCUGGAAACUGAUGAUUUUUUAUGGAAUAUCUACAGUGGGGAGAACAAGUAUUUGAUACACUGCCGAUUUUGCAGGUUUUCCUACUUACAAAGCAUGUAGAGGUCUGUAAUUUUUAUCAUAGGUACACAAAAACUGUGAGAGACGGAAUCUAAAACAAAAAUCCAGAAAAUCACAUUGUAUGAUUUUUAAGUAAUUAAUUUGCAUUUUAUUGCAUGACAUAAGUAUUUGAUACAUCAGAAAAGCAGAACUUAAUAUUUGGUACAGAAACCUUUGUUUGCAAUUACAGAGAUCAUACGUUUCCUUUAGGUCUUGACCAUGUUUGCACACACUGCAGCAGGGAUUUUGGCCCACUCCUCCAUACAGACUUUCUCCAGAUCCUUCAGGUUUCGGGGCUGUCGCUGGGCAAUACGGACUUUCAGCUCCCUCCAAAGAUUUUCUAUUGGGUUCAGGUCUAGAGACUGGCUAGGCCACUCCAGGACCUUGAGAUGCUUCUUAUGGAGCCACUCCUUAGUUGCCCUGGCUGUGUGUUUCGGGUCGUUGUCAUGCUGGAAGACCCAGCCACGACCCAUCUUCAAUGCUCUUACUGAGGGAAGGAGGUUGUUGGCCAAGAUCUCGCGAUACAUGGCCCCAUCCAUCCUCCCCUCAAUACGCUGCAGUCGUCCUGUCCCCUAUGCAGAAAAGCAUGUUUCCACCUCCAUGCUUCACGGUUGGGAUGGUGUUCUUGGGGUUGUACUCUUCCUUCUUCUUUCUCCAAACACGGCGAGUGGAGUUUAGACCAAAAAGCUAUAUUUGUGUCUCAUCAGACCACAUGAUCUUCUCCCAUUCCUCCUCUGGAUCAUCCAGAUGGUCAUUGGCAAACUUCAGACGGGCCUGGACAUGCGCUGGCUUGAGCAGGGGGACCUUGCGUGCGCUGCAGGAUUUUAAUCCAUGGCGGCGUAGUGUGUUACUAAUGGUUUUCUUUGAGACUGUGGUCCCAGCUCUCUUCAGGUUAUUGACCAGGUCCUGCCAUGUAGUUCUGGGCUGAUCCCUCACCUUCCUCAUGAUCAUUGAUGCCCCACGAGGUGAGAUCUUGCAUGGAGCCCCAGACCGAGGGUGAUUGACCGUCAUCUUGAACUUUUUCCAUUUUCUAAUAAUUGCGCCAACAGUUGUUGCCUUCUCACCAAGCUGCUUGCCUAUUGUCCUGUAGCCCAUCCCAGCCUUGUGCAGGUCUACAAUUUUAUCCCUGAUGUCCUUACACAGCUCUCUGGUCUUGGCCAUUGUGGAGAGGUUGGUGUCUGUUUGAGUGUGUGGACAGGUCUUUUAUACAGGUAAUGAGUUCAAACAGGUGCAGUUAAUACAGGUAAUGAGUGGAGAAAAGGAGGGCUUCUUAAAGAAAAACUAACAGGUCUGUGAGAGCCGGAAUUCUUACUGGUUGUUAGGUGAUCAAAUACUUAUGUCAUGCAAUAAAAUGCAAAUUAAUUACUUAAAAAUCAUACAAUGUGAUUUUCUGGAUUUUUGUUUUAGAUUCCGUCUCUCACAGUUGAAGUGUACCUACGAUAAAAAUUACAGACCUCUACAUGCUUUGUAAGUAGGAAAACCUGCAAAAUCGGUAGUGUAUCAAAUACUUGUUCUCCCCAAGUAUAGAGGCCCAUUAUCAGCAACCAUCAGUCCUGUGUUCCAAUGGCACGUUGUGUUUGCUAAUCCAAGUUUAUCAUUUUAAAAGGCUAAUUGAUCAUUAGAAAACCCAUUUGCAAUUAUGUUAGCACAGCUGAAAACUGUUGUGCUAAUUUAAAGAUGCAAUAAAACUGGCCUUCUUGAGACUAGUUGAGUAUCUAGAGCAUGAGCAAUUGUGGGUUCGAUUACACGCUCAAAAUGGCCAGAAACAAAUAACUUUCUUCUGAAACUCGUCAGUCUAUUCUUGUUCUGAGAAAUGAAGGCUAUUCCAUGUGAGAAAUUGCCAAUAAACUAAAGAUCUCGUACAACACUGUGUACUACUCCCUUCACAGAACAGCGCAAACUGGCUCUAACCAGAAUAAAAAUAAAUUAGUUAUUUAGCAGACGCUCUUAUCCAGAGCGACUUACAGGAGUAAUUAGGGUUAAGUGCCUUGCUCAAGGGCACAUAGACUGAUUUUUCACCUAGUCAGCUAGGGGAUUAGAACCAGCGACCUUUCGGUUACUGGCACAACGCUCUUAACCACUAAGCUACCAGUGCACAACUGAGCAAGAGGACAAAUACAUUAGUGAAAAAUACAAAGAAAAAGCCAUAUCUCAGACUGGCCAAUAAAAAGAAAAGAUUAAGAUGGGCAGUCUGAGAUAUGGCUUUUUCUUUGCAACUCUGCUUAGAAGGUCAGCAUCCCGGAGUCGCCUCUUCAAUGUUGACAUUGAGACUGGUGUUUUGCAGGUACUAUUUAAUGAAGCUGCCAGUUGAGGACCUGUGAGGCGCCUAAUGUAUUUGUCCUCUUGCUCAGUUGUGCACUGGGGCCUCCCACUCCUCUUUCUAUUCUGGUUAGAGCCAGAACAAGAACAAAGUUCUUUGUUUCUGUCCAUUUUGAGCCUGUAAACAAACCCACAAUUGCUGAUGCUCUAGAUACUCAACUAGUCUCAAGAAGGCCAGUUUUAUUGCUUCUUUAAUCAGCACAACCAUUUUCAGCUGUGCUAACAUCAUUGCAAAAGGGUUUUCUAAUGAUCAAUUAGCCUUUUUAAAAUGAUAAACUUGGAUUAGCAAACACAACGUGCCGUUGGAACACAGGACUGAUGGUUGCAGAUAAUGGGGCUCUGUAAGCCUAUGUAGAUAUUCCAUUAAAAAUCAGCCGUUUCCAGCUACAAUAGCCAUUUACAACAUGAACAAUGUCUACACUGUAUUUCUGAUCAAUUUGAUAUUUUAAUGGACAAAAAAUUGCUUUUCUUUCGAGAACAAGGACAUUUCUAAGUGACCCCAAACUUUUGAACGGUAGUGUAUCUGUAAUAGUGUAGUGUACAUGUCAUUUGACAAUACAUUUUAUGAUCUAUGACCUCUCAGAGAAAGGCAACUAUUUCUAGCCAAUGUGAAUGUCUUCUUGGCAUUUGAAAGACUUGGGCCAGGGCUUGGGAGAGAUGAGGGGGGAAUGUGUAAGACUUGGUCCUGGCCUGGGUAGAGAGGAGGGAUAUGUAAACAAGCGAUGCCCUCAGCGCUGAGGAACUCACCGUGGCAGUCAGUGAUGAAAAGUGGUUCUGUCAGCGUCAGCACUGUGGUUACCAAGCAACAUGGUCCUACUGUACACAUGCCAUGUGUAGAGUCAGGACCAGGGAGGGGGUAGUGGUUAGGCAGUGAGAUAUGAGUCAUAGUAUAAGAUUACCAGACUGGGAGGGGUGUCACCCUAUUCCCUAUAUAGUGCACUACUUUUGGCCAGAGCCCUGGUGAAAAAUAGUGCACUAUAAAGGAAAAGGUGCCAUUUGGAUCGCAGACCUAGUCUCAAAAUGCAUAAAAAAGGAAAAGUCACAGUGCUGUAGUAACAAAGCUUGUUUGGCUCUAUGCCUUUGUAACUGAAAGCCCUGAAGAAAAGAAGAGUUACUGGUUCAUUUCUUUCACUUUCCCUUUUGUGUUGACAACCCUUAUGCACAUUUUGCACGUGUCUGUCAUUUGAACAGUAAUUUAUUUAUAUGACUUCAUUCUUGUUUGGAUAUCAUACAUUGUAUUUGCAAUGUUGGAAUAGGUCAUUAUUUCUCAUUGAACAACAGUAAUUCAAUGCAGACAUAAAGGACAGGGCAGUAAUUGCAAGAAAAUGUUUUAUAAUUCACAUAUUCCCCUCAGCCCCCUUUGUAAGUGAUUAAAGGUCCCCUGAAGAGGAAAGUCUGCAAAGAGAGAUUACAAAAUGGCUGCCGCCUGAGGUACAAGAUGCAACAGCAAAUGGAAUAUAGCUGCUUGGCUGGCUGCUGAGACUCUCUCUCACAUACAGCAAAAUAAAAUGUUUAGAAGGUCUUAUCAGACGGCCCUGACUCUGCUCCCCUUCCUUCCUCCCAGUAUCAGCUCUCUUUCCAGUGGCUGUGGCUAAGAAUCUCUCUUGCUCUCUCUCUCGCUCUUUCUCCCCCUCUCUCGCUCUCUCUCCCGCGUUCUCGUGCUCUCUCCCCUUCUCCCUCCUCGCUCUCUGCACUCUCAAUGGACAAAUUCCCAUGUGUCAGACAUGGUCGUCAAUCAGUUCCAGUUGUCCCAAAUAACAAUUAAAUACACAGUGUUUGUGCUGAAGAGAACAUGGCCCUUUUUAAAUCUGGAAUUCAUAGAGGUGAAACUGCCACGUCCGUUUGCGAUAUUACAACAAUAAAGACGUUACUUCACACAACUAACAGUUUUUUUUCUCUCGGACAUCACUGGGAUAUCAUUGCGUGCCCAAUAGAGCAGCGGAGUAUGUACUAUGAUUUUUAUUUUUAUUUUACCACAAUGCUGGAUGCUCAUUUCCUCAAAACAAAAACAAUACAUUUGCCUGGGGCAGCCAGUGGCGCUGUUGCGCCUAUCGCGGAUCUGAGCUUUAAGAAGCCAAAUUACAUAUAUAUAUUUUUCCUGUCCAGAGAGGAAGGCAUAUCCUUAUCACAUUUUUCACCACGAGACGGCAGAAAGUUAAUUUGUAUAGCCCUUAGUCUAAAAAUAAUACAUGCUGUAAUGACAUACAGUACAUUAAGAGUUACUUUUCUCCUUAAUUUAUUGCUUUUGUAGGGAAGCCAAACAAGCAUAAAUAAGCAGAGAUGGAACAAUGGAGUGUAGGCUUUGUGAAUGAAGCUUAAUCUAGCAGGAUAAUUACACAGUAAGGGGUUAGAGGAAGUCACCUCAAACAGACUGACUUCCAUUCCAUCAGCUGUGUUAUAACAGAUAUUAUUGCUCUCAGUGGCUUAUAUGACUUGUUAUGGCUUCUCUUCCACAACAGUCAUCAUUGGUCAUGGUCACGGAUAAUUAUGAGGUCAUACAUUCAAUGUCCUGUCGGUUUGUUACUGUCUGAGGUUGGAGCCUCUCCUCUUGACCCCUGAACCCCAGCCCCUGGAAUGUGGCGCAGUACGUGCACUACCUGGUGAGGUCUCCAUGCUAUGGCCCGUCGUCACGUCCACAGAGCCCUCCAGGGCUCCUUCCCUAUGUCUGCUGCUAGUUCAAAGGUCAUACUGCCUGGCUGGGGAAGGGGACGUGCUGAGCACACACCUCCUCUUUGAUCAGUCUGGUCCUCCUCUGUCUGUCUCUCGGUCUAUCUAUUACCCAAGUCUUUCCUAGUAUAGAAUGUGUUUUACUGUUGACUAUUUUCACCUUUUCCGUCUUUCUUGUGUGCAAUUAGGUCUGAGUCUGCCUGUGCUCUUCAAUCAAAUUUCAAUCAAAUGUAUUUAUAAAGCCCUUUUUACAUCAGCAAAUGUCACAAAGUGCUAUACAGAAACCCUGCCUAAAACCGCAAACAGCAAGCAAUGCAGAUCUAGAAGCAUCUCUUCAGCUCAUAUAACACAGACAGGGAUUUUCUGUGGGAGGUAGUACCGGAAUUACAUUUUACAUUUUAGUAAUUUAGCAGACGCUCUUAUCCAGAGCGACUUACAGUUAGUGAGUGCAUACAUUUAUUAAAUUUUUUUCUUAUAUGUGAAUAUUCAAUUAGCCUAUACUACUAUUUUCCUACAGGCUUAUAUGCUGCUAUUUUGCCAUCAAGUCUGGUCGGACUGAGGCUGGAGAGAAACCAUACUGCAGUGUUUCUCAUCAAAUAUGUAUUUUUAUCUGCACUGAUGAAAGAUUGUAAAAAAAUUAAAUGCUAUCCCUGCAAAAACACCCAAAUGCAAUCUGCAUAGUCUAAAAGACGCUCAAGGAGUACAGACAGGACUCAGUCUAAAGUAAACGGUCUUGACGUCCAUGUCUGAGUUUGCAUAUUUAAAAAGGGCUUUUUUUCUUUGUUUAUAGCACUUAAAAAUGUAAGUUGAAUGAGUGGAAUGAGUCACAGCAGAUUCCCAUGCAAACCCCAAAUCUCCCUCGCUAACGUUUCUCUAAAUGUUUACAUUUUUUCUUCAGCUUUUAUGACUGCGUAGGUAUACUGGAGUUGAGUCAUCUGGUAACCAUUUGGAAGCAGGAUUACAGCUAAUGAUAUCCUACAGGAAAACAACAGUAGCUAAACAUGCAACUCUGCCUCUCUCUCGUCCUCCCACUUUUUCUCUCCUAGUCCUUUCCCCAUCUUUUAUCUGUCUCCCUGGAUCAGAGCGUUCUCUGAAGUUAACCAGUUAAAUGCUGAAUGAAGCAGACUUAAUGUGAAUGAACAUUCCUAGCACUAAUCAGUGUUUAUUUUCAGUAGAAGGAUAACUACACUGGUAUCUCCUCUGCUUACCCACCAGAAUGUCUUGGUGUACUCCUCUUUAACUGACGUGGGAUCAGGGGUACUCCAUCAUUCUUUUAAAAAACUGGAUGGUUGUGUUGGCUGUCUGGUAGUGUCGUCAUACAGGUGCUGUGUAGACCCAGGAGUGUGGGCUAGCAAGACUAUCUCUCUGUGUGUCCCUUCAUCUUGCCCACCCCAGUGUGGUGGCGCUCUUUUCUUCUGAAUCCCCUCUCCUCCUGCCUUACUCCCGGGGCAAGACUCUCUGGCUGGGGCUAGCUGCUCGGGGCUGGGCCUCUGUUCCUGUGGUUCUCUGCUGCGUGUUCUCAGGCUCGUAUUACCACCAUGCCACACUACAAAGGCCUUCCCCUGCCUCCAGCCUCCGCACACAUCUGUAUCCAAUCAGCCUCCACCAAUCAGAGCCCAGCACCACUGCAGCAGUUCAGUAAGACAGAGGAAGAAAACUUGAGAGAGGGAGAGAAACAAAGGUCAGUUCGAAAGAACAGCAACAUGAACUUUUAUGACUCUGUCUGAAAUGUGUAACCUAAAGUAGUGUUAUGAAGGUGUUGCAGUGUAAGUGAAUGGCUCAGUGCUGUGUGUGUCUCUGUUAAGCCAGGUAUGAUCCUCUUAUUGCUCUGGGGUUUCAUACUGCUGGCCUGGCUUGGGGACUGACUGGGAAGGAACACCACCCUCCUGCGGUCUGAGCUCUGGAAAGUUUCACUUCUUCUGAAUGAGCUGUGUCUGAACUGAACAGACCAGGGUUCAAAUACUAUUUGAAAUCAUUUCAUACAAUUUAACUGGGCUUGAUUGAGCUUGCCUGGUGCAAUGGAACCAAUAGAAUAGUCUCAGAAUAGUAUGAAAACCCGACCCAUCAGACACUCCAAGCAGGCUAAAGCAAACACUAAUAAUAUUUGAACAUAGGUUUGAAACUGAACUGCUGUUCUGGGUCCAACCUCUGCAGUGAGGCUCAGAGCACUGUUUUCUUUAGGGUUCCGUGUUCUCACACUUUUGCAAUUUGUGUCAUACUAGUGAGGGACAUCAGAAUGAGAGCUGUGAAACCAACAAAACACUGAGGUGUGUGUUUUAGCGGUGUGUCUUAGUGUUUUCCUUACCCCAGAAUGUUUCUCGGCCGCUCUCUUGCUCCUAUAUACUUCUGCAUUGAAACAAACCAAUUUAUAUUGUAAAGUAUAGUACUGUACAGUGCAUUCGGAAAGUAUUCAGACCCCUUCACUUUUUCUACAUUUUGUUAUGUUACAGCCCCCCUCAUCAAUCUGCACACAAUACCCCAUAAUGACAAAGCAAAAACAACAGGUUUUUAUAAAUUUUUGCAACUGAAAUAUCACAUUUACAUAAGUAUUCAGACCCUUUACUCAGUACUUUGUUGAAGCACCAUUGGCAGCGAUUACAGCCUCGAGUCUUCUUGGGUAUGACGCUACAAGCUUGGCACACCUGUAUUUGGGGAGUUUCUCCCAUUCUUCUCUGCAGAUCCUCUCAAGCUCUGUCAGCUUGGAUGGGGAGCGUCGCAGCACAGCUAUUUUCAGGUCUCUCCAGAGAUAUUAGAUUGGGUUCAAGUCCGGACUCCUGCUGGGCCACUCAAGGACAUUCAGAGACUUGUCCCCAAGCCACUCCUGCGUUGUCUUGGCUGUGUGCUUAGGGUUGUUGUCCUGUUGGAAGGUGAAGCUUCGCCCCAGUCUGAGGUCCUAAGCGCUCUGGAGCAGGUUUUCAUCAAGGAUCUCUCUGUACUUUGCUCCGUUUAUCUUUGCCUCGAUCCUGACUAGUCUACCAGUCCCUGCCGCUGAAAAACAUCCCCACAGCAUGAUGCUGCCACCAACAUGCUUCACCGUAGGGAUGAUGCCAGGUUUCCUCCAGACGUGACGCUUGGCAUUCAGGCCAAAGAGUUCAGUCUUGGUUUCAUCAAACCAGAGAAUCUUGUUUCUCAUUGUCUGAGUCUUUAGGUGCCUUUUGGCAAACUCCAAGCAGGCUUUCAUGUGCCUUUUACUGAGGAGUGGCUUCCGUCUGGCCACUCUACCAUAAUGUCCUGAUUGGUGGAGUGCUGCAGAGAUGGUUGUCCUUCUGGAAUGUUCUCCCAUCUCCACAGAGGAACUCUGGAGCUUUGUCAGAGUGACCAUUGGGUUCUUGGUCACCUCCCUGACUAAGGCCCUUCUCCCCCGAUUGCUCAGUUUGGUCGGGCGGCCAGCUCUAGGAAGAGUCUUGGUGGUUCCAAACUUCUUCCAUUUAAGAAUGAUGGAGGCCACUGUGUUCGUGGGGACCUUCAAUGCUGCAGUAUUUUUUGGGUACCCUUCCCCAGAGCUGUGCCUCAACACAAUCCUGUUUCGGAGGUCUAAGGACAAUUCCUUCGACCUCAUGGCUUGGUUUUUGCUCUGACAUGCACUGUCAGCUGUGGGACCUUAUCUAGACAGGUGUGUGCCAUUCCAAAUCAUGUCCAAUCAAUUGAAUUUACCACAGGUAGACUCCAAUCAAGUUGUAGAAACAUCUCAAAGAUGAUCAAUGGAAACAGGAUGCAUCUGAGUUCAAUUUCGAGUCUCAUAGCAAAGGGUCUGAAUACUUAUUUAAAUAAAGAUGUUUCUGUUUUGUAUUUUUUAUAAAUUUGUAAAAAAAAUCUGAAAAGCAGUUUUUGCUUUGUCAUGGGGUAUUGUGUGUAGAUUGAGGAUUAUUAUUUAAUCAAUUUUAGAUUAAGGCUGUAACAAAUGUGGAAUAGGUCAAGGGGUCUGAAUACUUUCUGAAUGCGCUGUAUACAGCAAUCGUUUUAAGUUGUGUCACCAUCACCGUUGAUUAUGAAGUCUUCCAGUAUUGUAUAGCCUAUUCUCCUUCAUGUUGAUGUGGGCUGACUGGCUGAGGCCUUUUAUCCUGAGAACAUCCUGUAAGUGACUGGAGCUGUCUCUCUCUCUCUCUCUCUCUCUCUCUCUCUCUCUCUCUCUCUCUCUCUCUCUCUCUCUCUCUCUCUCUCUCUCUCUCUCUCUCUCUCUCUCUCUCUCUCUCUCUCUCUCUCUCUCUCUCUCUCUCUCUAUGUAACUCUCGCUCUCUCUCUCUGUAACUCUCGCUUUCUCUCUCUGUUUCUCUAUCUCUGUGUCUCUAUUGUCGAUGCAGGGAGAAUCUUUGACAUGCUUCAACUGCCAUCUCCACCAUGAUCUGUCACUGUAUCAGUUAGUGUUGAACAUGUUUAUUAUAUUGUUAUAUCUAUUAUAUUAUGCAUUGUAUUUUAGAUAAUCAUACAAUAUCAUCAUGUGCAGCUACAUCAUCUGCUACGUAGUCUAUUGGAUGUGGUUUCUUAUGAGAUGAAAGGUUGGGGAGGGGUUAGGGUUAGGAGGGUUAGAGGUAUGGGUUGUGCCUGGCUCUGCCCUACCCUGACUGGCUCUGCGGCAUGCCUGAUUUCUGUUGACUGAAGUGCAAUUAAAGUGUGUGGCUGUGGGUGUCUGCCUGCCCCAGCAGAGUGGGGGUUUAGAGUGAGGGUGUCUGCCCUAGAGUGGGGGUUUCCACUGCUUCCUGUGCAGACACUGCUGAUGGGGAGAUAACAGGGUUGGAACCUGGGCUGGAGCCACACGCUGCCAUACCACCACACCACAGAGGGGCUGAGUAGAGAGAACCUGUAGACACACACUACAUGUCAAACAGAAAAUACCAACCCACCACAUAGACAAUUACAACACAUCUUGUUACACACAUUACGCACACAUGCGCGCACACAUUAUCAAAACACUUUUACACACAACACACACACACAUACUAACACACGUUUGAACACAUUUCCCCCAGUCAUCCUCCUCCUCAAACUUGUAGUUGACCAUCUGUAACCAAGGCGACACUAGACACUGGUUCCAUCCCAGACAAACCAGUUUUGACUUAAAACAACCAUACCACUAUGUUUAAUGGAUUAAGUUGUGCCUUUAGAGCACACACACACACAGGGGUGGCAGGUAGCCAAGCGGUUAGUGUUGGGCCAGUAACUGAAAAGUUUCUAGUUCAAAUCCCAGAGAAGACAAUGUGAAAAAUCUGUCUGUGCCCUUGAGCAAGGCCGUUUUAUAAUGGCUGACCCUGGCCGUGACCCCACUCUCUGAGGGUGACUCAGGGAGAGUUGGGAUAUGCAAAAAAAAUAAAACACAUUUCCAAUUCACACGUGUAUUAAUACACACUUGUACAUAUAAUAGGCACCCACCAAAUUAUUAUUAUUACACACACACUCCAACACACACAUAUGGAAUAUAGCCUUCUUGACUUGGAGCCGGUUCCCCGCUGCUUCUAAGUGCUCCCCCCUCUUUCAGAGCUUGUCUGGGGAAAUUGUAGGCUGCCAACAUUCCUGUGAGAAGUUAAGGGACUGAGAAGAGAAGAGAGGCUCUGCAUUGGCUGUGUGGCUCUGCCUUCCUUCCUUAAUGGAGGUUGUGAGGUGGACCUGUAAUUUGCGGUGGAUUCCAUGCGUCCCUCAAUCCCUGCAUGGGGGUAGACUGGACUGUUGGAGGGGGAGGGAAGGCGGUAACUAGACAUGGGGGAGGGGGGUGCUGGACUCCUCUCUGUCUUGGGAGAAAAGACACACAAAUUACAAAGAUUUAUGCGUCACAUCCGUCGGUAGCUUUAUACCAUCUAACUAUAACCCUUUAUGUACAGUAUGCAUGUUAGCUAUAGAAAAUAAAUGAAGAAAUUCACAGUUUGUGCGUACAGCGACCAUAAAAUCUAUGCACACACUGUAACUCGCUUUAGAUUAAAGUGUUUGCUAAGUCUCUCCCUCUCUCUUUCUCUGCAGGGAUUCCCGCCCCUGCCCAACGAAGCUGAGAUCGCACACACCAAAAAGCUCUUCCGUCGCAGGAGGAACGACCGACGGUAAGCACACAAACACACACACACUUUCUCCCCUCCUGGAACAUUGUUGCAACGCUGAUGAAACACUAGGCCAGGCCAGAACUCUUAACUCUUCUCUCAAGCCAAAGCAACGUCAAAGCAGGAAUGCUCCUGGCCCCAGACUCACUUACACACAGACCGAAAAGGAAGAAAAAGUUUUUAAAAUCUUACAGAAGUCUAUUUCUUCUGGUCUGUGUAAUGAUACUGGUUGUGUCCUAAAUGGCAUCCUAUUGCCUUUAUAGUGCCUUUAUAGGGAAUAGGGGGCCAUUUGGGACGGAGACACUGUCAUCUCCAAUCACACUUCACUGUAGACAUGAUUCUCUGUCUCUCAGUUCUUUAGCUUACUACAGCGUUCAACGUUCCUUCACUCAAUGAAAUGAGUUGAAUCACAGUUGAAUCUGCUGAAAAUGUUUCCACAUGACGUCAUUGGAAAGUUCUACCCGGUUGCUAAGAAACGACUGAGAAAGAAAAUAUUUGGGUCUCUGACUGAAAGGAGGAAAGUUGAGCCAGAGAGUGAAACGUUAACUUAUUUUUUCUUCUCUUCUAUUUAUUCCUCUCUUUCUGUAUAUUAUUUUAAAAGCAGCGGUAGAUAAUUGAUUCGCAGUUAUUGUGUGGGUUAAAUAGCUGUGGUUAGAUUAUAUUAUUGCUGAGGCCAGAUCACAGUAUACUAGUAUAGACUACAGAGAGACUGGCUGGAAGAUAUCACAGGUAAUGGCUUUGACUUGGGGCCCUGGCUGCCUGCCUGGCUGGCUGGCUGCCGGGCUGGCUGUGUUUUGUAUUGUUAAUAUUUACUGAGAGAAAAGAAUGUUGCCUCUGGCUACAGGAGGAAGGAUCAGUUUCUCGUGUGGUUUGCCUUUUAUGUCAGUAAGGUACUGCAAUUGUAUGGUUGUAUGUGUUGUUGCUGCGAAUGUUUUAACCAAGGAGUAUGAUAACCAAGGGCUAUGAUUACAUUUAGAAGUUUCAGAGAGUAACUAAUAAAAAAAUAUAGCAGCUCUAUGCUGGACCAUAUGUGCAUACUGGACCACACUUUCUGCAGUGCUGAAGCUCUCAGAGCAGGACUGUAAUUACCCUCAGCCAGCUCCAGCCCAGACCACAGAGCAGCACAGAGCCUGGUGUGACUGGAGGUUCAGCCAAGGGGUGGGCCCCAUUGCCCCAACCAAGCAAUACCACACACUUGUGUGCAUGCACACACACAAACACACACUCAGGCCUGCACUGCCCCAACACUUCUAUACAGGCACACACGCAAUGCCUGGCCCAGUCCUCUCUACCUCGCUUCUGAUUUCCUCUCCUUUUUCUGGAAUGAUACAGUUGCAGCUAUUACAUUCUUCCUUCUGCCUGCUGUCUCUAGAAACACACCCACAAUGCAUCUCUCUCAGGGCGGGGCCAGAGCCACUCUCUCCCCUCACCGAGCUCGUCGUCAGGUCCAGCCCAGCUCCCAGCAUGCCGUGCGGUAA